UUAGAUCCUCUCAACCUGUUUCUUGACAGCCCGACCUUACCUUGUGUAAUUGUGUUAGCGUCGUUCCCCAAUCCUGGCGGAGUUUCCGCUGUUUCGUUUACUGCUGGAUGCAUCAGAUCAUCACUCUCAGACUACUACAACUUCCAAACUGGUGGAGUAACUACACUUUAUCCAUGAUUGAUUUCCCUUUCCACCUCUCCUGAUAGUGAUGAGUUCUUCUCUGUUCGGUACGAGCGCCAUGGAGGCUCCGGUUAGUUCUUCUCUGGGUGCCAUGGGCCCCCUUCUGAGGAAGCUGGAUUCGCUGCUGGCCCUCGAGUACCGGCUGCCAAAGCCACUCAAGUGCGGAAUCGAGCUCCUCAAGGAAGAUCUAGAAGAAUUAAGCGCCGCCCUUUUGGAGCAGUCAAUGGCGGAUUCCCCCAACCACAAGUCAAAAUACUGGAUGGAUGAGGUGCGUGAACUUUCCUAUGAAGUAGAGGACUGCAUCGACGGCAUGAUGCUGAGACACACCGGCGCCGGCGCCAAGACCAGAUCCGUCCGAGGCCACAGGGUCUGUCGCGUCAAGGUUUCUCGGGUUUUCAGGACGCUGAAGCCUUGCACAAGGAUUUCCAAGAUUGCAGCGCUCAGGACCCUGCUGCGGGAGGCGAGUGAACGGCACGAGAGGUAUCACCUUGAUGAUUGCGCAUCCAGUUCUAGCUUUGUGUUCACCGGGCACAACCGGGGUCCAGGCCUAUAUGGGCAGGCGACGGAUUUCCUUGCUGGCAACGACGGCUCGAAGGUUAGGCUUACCAAGUGCCUUACUGAGGACGGUGGCCAACAGCUGAAAGUUGUGUGUAUAGAUGGGCCUGCAGGCGUUGGUAAGACCACGCUGGCUAAACAACUGUACCGUGAUCUUGGAGGGCAGUUCGAGUGCCGUGCUUUUGUGCGGGCGUCGCGAAAGCCUGACACGAAGAGGCUACUCGGGAGCAUCCUCUCUCAAGUUCAGCGGUGUCCACUACCCUCUUAUUCUGAGAAGGUGCAAAAUCUCAUAGACAAUCUCAUGAAAUAUCUCCAAGAUAAGAGAUACUUUAUAGUAAUUGAUGACCUGUGGGAAACAACAACAUGGGAUAUUGUUAAAAGUGCUUUUCCGGAUGGUAAUAAUUAUAGUAGAAUAAUAACAACGACAGAAAUUGAUGGUGCAGCUCUGCAAUUCUGUGGUUAUCAGUUUGCUAAUGUUUUGAAGAUGAAACCCCUUAGCAGCCACGACUCUGCAGAAUUAUUCUUCAGUAUUGUUUUUGGCUCUGAACAUCAAUGUCCUGAUCAAUUGAAGGAAGUUUCAUAUAGAAUCAUUGGAAAGUGUGGUGGUUUGCUGCUAUCAACCAUCUGUAUUACUGGUCUCCUAGCCAGCCAGACGGACAGCUCUGAGCUAUGGCAUCAUGUGCACAAAUGUUUAUGCUCCAAUUUAAGUACAAGUCCUUCUGCGGAAGAUAUGCUGAAAGAAGUACUUAACCUUAGCUACAAUAGUCUUCCUCAUUAUUUGAAGACAUGCUUGCUGUAUCUUACAAUGUAUCCGGAGGGGUUUACAGUGUUGAAGGUUGAUUUGUUGAAGCAAUGGAUAUCUGAAGGUUUCAUUACCGCAACACAAGAAAAGGAGGCAGAGGAAGUUGCGGAGAGCUAUUUUUAUGAGCUCAUAAACAAGGGAAUGAUCCAACCUGAGCAAAUUAACCAUAAUGAUGAGGUGCUAUCCUGUACAGUGCACCACACUGUACUUGAUCUUAUUAUGUGCAAGUCCAAAGAAGAGAAUUUUAUCACUUCCAUAGAUUACUCAAAAGCCAUUACAGGAAAUUCUAACAUGGUUCGUCGGCUUUCUCUCCACUUUAGCAGUGCCCAAUAUGCGACCAAGCCAGCAGGUGUAAUACUGUCGCAAUCACGAUCACUUUUCUUUUUUGGACUUCUCAGAUGUUUCCCUUCUGAUGUGGAAUUUAAGUUACUGCGAGUUCUAAUCCUUGAGUUUUGGGGGGACCAAUACGGGCAUGCGAGUCUCAAUCUCACAAGAAUUUGCAGUUUGGUUCAGCUCAAAUAUUUGAAGAUUUCAUGCGAUAUCAUUGUAAAACUACCAUCCCAGAUGCAAGGAUUCCAAUACAUGGAAACACUGGAAAUAAAUGCAAGAUUAUCUGCUGUUCCAUUGGAUAUUAUUCAUCUCCCAAAAUUAUUGCAUCUCUCUCUUAGAGAUGACACAAAUCUACCUGAUGGGAUUGGCCACAUCAGAUCUCUGCGUACACUACAGUAUUUCGACCUUGGCAAUAACACCGAAGACAAUGUACUGAGCCUCGGUGGCCUGAUUAACCUGCAGUAUCUUCAUCUCACCUAUUCCACAGUGCAGUCUGAUGAGCAUCUGAAGAGGAACAUUGUAGCUCUGGCCUCUUCUGUUGUGAAGCUUGUUAACCUCAAAUCUAUCAUUCUGGCUCCUGGAGCUUUAAGCACAGCCAUUUACCGCGAUGUCUCGGAUAGCGUGUCGCAGUCUUCUCUCUUUCUUAAGAGUCUCCAGAGACUUGAUUUGUUACCGCCAAUUUGCAUGUUUUCCAGGCUUCCCAAGAGUAUUGCAGAAGUCCACAAACUUUGCUAUUUGAGUAUUGUGGUCCGUGAACUACGGAGGAAUGAUAUCGACAGUGUCACAGGAUUACCUGCCCUCACUGUUCUCUCAUUGUAUGUCCGUCAACCCCCAGCAGAGAGAAUCAUCUUCAACAAUGGGGCACUCCCUGUUCUCAAGUAUUUCAAAUACAUGUGUGGUGUACUGAGCCUGGCUUUCCAGGAAGGAGCAUUGCCCAAUCUUCAUCGGCUCAAGCUAGGUUUCAAUGCUCGCAAAGGACAAUUGUACGAUCAUUUGCUUGCCGGGGUUCAGCACUUGGUAUACCUCAAGAGGAUUGAUGGAAUAGUUGGGGCAGCCAAGGGUGCUGAGGAACCUGACAGGACUGCUGCAGAAUCUGCAUUCAAGGACACAAUUCGAAAGCAUCCAAGGUUUCCUAGUUGCAUCAAUGUAAAAAGGGUAGAUUGGGUUGAGGAAGAUCACGAGCUUAGCACCCAAGUCAGCGACUCAUCAAGUGAAUGGCAUGAAAUUCUACAAAAACAGCGUGGGGUAAUUGAGACUGAGGAAGACACAAAGCAGUGUGCUGAGAGCGGGGUGACAGGUCAGAUCAUGCAAGUGCUUCCUCAGCAUAUUGAUUUGUGCCUAAUAGAUACAAAGUUGACUACAUCUAGUCACCACAGAAAGGCAUUCCCUGACAAGUUGCUGGAUAGUAUUGUUGCUGAACCAAUUAACUUCUCAUUUACUACAUCAUCUGCUCAAGGUCCACAACCUUGCUCAGCUCCAUCAUCUUCUCGCUCUUUACCUGAAAAAUAUAUUGGGUAUCCAGAGGGAUCUCCUUACUCAGGGGUGUUGAGAAGUCCUAUUCUUAUGCCAAGGACUACCAGUGCCCCUCAAUCAGCUAUGCACACAAUGUUAUCUCCCCAAGACCAUAUUGCACGUACUGUCAGUUUUUACUCCCUACCACUUUCUCCCGGAGCUAUAAGCCCAGUGAAAACAGGUCUCAGCAACCAACCUGCUCCAAAAGUUGAAAUGUCUUUAGUAGAUGGUGAGUGGGAAAAGGGGAGACUUAUAGGUAGCGGUACAUUUGGCUGUGUAUUUGAAGCUACCAACAGGCGCACUGGAGCUCUUUGUACAAUCAAGGAGAUCAAUAUAAUUCCCAAUGUUGCUGGAUCUGCUGAGUCAUUGAAACAAUUAGAUCAGGAAAUAAAGCAUCUAAGCCAAUUUAAGCAUGAAAAUAUAGUUCAGUAUUAUGGUAGCGAGACUAUAGAAGGCCGCUUCUACGUUUACAUGGAAUAUGUUCAUCCGGUUUCAAUUAAUAAAUAUAUUCAACAACAUUCUGGAGCGAUAACAGAAUCAAUUAUCCGCAACUUCGUCCUUCAUAUUCUUAGGGGCUUAGCAUUUUUGCAUGGCCAAAAUAUUAUGCAUAGGAGUAUCAGAGGAGCAAAUAUGCUAAUAGAUGUUAACGGUGUUGUUAAACUGGCUGACUUCGGAAUGGCUAAGCAUUUAUAUACUGCUGCCCCGGAUCUUUUUUUAAAGGAAACAUACUGGAUGGCGCCAGAGAUGGUUCAGGCUAUGCUUGUUAAAGACGUUGGCUAUGAUCUUGCUGUUGACAUCUGGAGUCUUGGCUGCUCAAUUAUUGAGAUGCUCAAUGGAAAGCCUCCUUGGAGCCAUUUAGAAGAGCCUGCUGCAAUGUUUAAGGUUUUGAAUAAAGAUCCACCACUUCCUGACAAUUUAUCUCAAGAGGGAAAAGAUUUUCUGCAAUGCUGUUUCAAAAGGAAUCCAACAGACAGGCUAAGCGCAAGCGAGUUAUUGAACCAUCCAUUUGUCCAGAAUUCAAGUCAUGACAGCAAACAUGUUCAAGAAGUCAUUACAGCACGCUGUGAGGAAGUCAUUAGAACAAGCUGCGAUGCACCCUUUAAAGGGGAAACUACUACUCGCGGAGCAUCUCUGUUCUUUAUUUCCAGCGGAGUAAUUGAUGAUGGUGGCAGGCCUUCUGAAUCACCAGUUUCAUGGUUGACUCCCGAAUCAGUCCAGGAUACGAGGCGGAGGACGAAGCUCCCUAAGGGAGGUACCAUCUUGAAAGAGAUCUUUUAGUUGAUUGGCCGGAACACCAAGAAAGUGCCCUGACACUGCCACAAGUUCCAACAGCAGGGGCGGCAGUGGUGGAAACGACUGCUGAAAUUGUGUUUCGUACUAAGGAGAAGUUUUCAAGUUCUUACAGACCAGCCUAAUCGACAAGGGAAGAAAACAGCAACCAAGAUGAGUACUACAGAAAUAACAACAGAAACAACAAGACACAGGCUACGACUUGAGAGCCAAGGGAAUAUGAGAUCACAAGCUCCAGUUUCGCCCCAUGAAUGAAAACUUUCCUUGCAUAUGUCUAUAAUCUUCGGAUGGGAGUGGUGACCUUUUCUAAGACUCUUCCUUCUUUUCCACAAGUGCCAGGCGAUAAAAAACAACAGGGCCGUCAGAGCUUUUUCAUUAACAAGUGUUUACGUGUUUGGAAGAACAUGAAUCACUAAUUAUCCAUUUUAUUUUA